AUGGCUUCCUUUGCCACGGCCUGUCGUCUGUCUGCUCGGCUGACGAGCCGCAGAGUUGCUCAAGAUGCUGCGACCAGAGGUCUACGGACUUCCGCUGCAUCGCGAGCAGCCCAGAACUUCACCAUGCCCGCAUUGUCGCCGACCAUGACUGAAGGCAACAUCGCCACCUGGAAGGUCAAGGAGGGAGACGAGUUCAUAGCCGGCGAUGUUCUGCUCGAAAUCGAAACCGACAAGGCUUCCAUGGACGUCGAGGCGCAAGACGAUGGUAUCAUGAUGAAGAUCUUCGCAGCAGAUGGCAGCAAGGCCGUCCAGGUCGGCACACGCAUCGGAGUUAUCGCAGAGCCCGGCGAUGAUAUCAGCACCCUCGAGAUCCCCGCAGACGGGUCAAGAGCCGCACCCAAGGAGGCCAAGAAGGACGAGGCAUCUGCGCAGCCCAGCGAGUCUGCUCCUCAGAAGAAGGCCGCCGACCCCAGCAAGAGGAACAAGUCCGGCGGCAAGGCGCCACCCCAGAAGUACCCUCUGUAUCCUUCAGUAGAGCACCUGGUCAAGGAGCACAAGCUGGACGCGGCCGCCAUCGGCGAGAUUACCCCUACAGGUCCUCAGGGACGUCUCCUCAAGGGCGAUGUGCUCGCUUACCUGGGCAUGGCCACCGAGUCCAGGCCCGCCGACAUCAAGAAGCGAUUCGACCACAACUCCCACCUGGAUUUGAGCAACAUCAAGAUUGCCAAGCCUGCUGCUCCCAAGCCAGCCAAGGCCGCGGCGCCCGAGGUUGUUGUUCCCAAGGACGUUCUCGUUGCGGUCCCUGUCUCCCUGGAAGCCGUCAUUGAGAUUCAGGACAAGGUCGAGGCUACCCUUGGCACCUUUUUGCCCAUCUCCACUUUCAUCUCCCGCGCCGCCGAGCUUGCCAAUGAUGAACUGCCGCUACCGUCCAACUACAAGCCCUCUGCUGAUGAGCUGUUCAACCAAGUCCUCGGGCUCAACAAGGUCGAUCGCAAGGUCUCCCGCGGCUUCUAUAUCCCGCAAGUCACAGCUCUUGGGCCUUCUUCCUUUACUGGCGUUGCGCCCAAGCCCAAGCCCAGCAAGGUGGAUAUCAUCGACUUCUUAGCCCCCAAGCCCAAGAAGAGCGCCCCUAAGCCAGCCGCCUCAUUGGGAGUGCCUGGCAUCUCCAGAGGUGCCAACUCCUUCAGCCUUACCGUAUCGCCAAGUGAGGAAAAGAGGGCACAGGCAUUCUUGGCCAGGCUAAAGCUGGUCCUCGAGAAUGAUCCUGGUAGACUCGUGCUGUAA